AUGUUUUCACGAUCUGCUCUCCGGAGCUUCGCCUCCGAGCUGCGCUGGACAGCGCCGUCUACAAUUUCAUCAGCUCCCCUUCAACAACGAGCAUGCCUGCACCAAACUGCCUCUUUGAUGAACUCGCCACAAUCCCAGAGCCCAUCAUCCUCCACUCACCCCGAAUCCCCUCUCAGCGCCACCCCUCGGGCUCAAAAUGCCAGCCCUAAGGGAAUCCCGCCCUCCGGCAACUUCGACGAAGCGACCAUGACACCCCAAACACGCGCAGAUGUCCCCAUUGCGAAACAACCCGUCGAACCCACCUUCACAACCCCCCUCAAAGUGACAAAGUCAAUGCUGUCACAGCUUCCCCAUCUCGCCGGCCAGAAGCCACACUACGUCGUGGCCCAAUUGCACGCACGCCCAUAUCUUUUGACCGAAGGUGACCACCUGCGUUUGCCCUUCCUCAUGCCCAAGGUCAAGGCAGGAGAUAUCCUGCGCUUCAACCGCGCUUCAGCCGUUGGAUCGCGUGACUUCACAAUGAAGGGUACCCCGACUAUCGACGAGCGCAUCUACGAGUGCCGGGUUCGCGUGACGGGUGUGGAUUCGGAGCCUUUGCGUAUUAAGGAGAAGACGAAGCGGAGAAACAGACACGUGAAGCAUGCUACGAGCAAGCACCGCUAUACUCUUAUGCGGGUUAUGGACGUCCGGGUCAAGACGCCGGAGGAGCUUUUGGCGGAAGGCGCGGUGGUUGUGGAAGACGGAGAAGAUGCCUCGGUUAUCGAGCCCCGGUCUUAA